UUCUCGGAGACAGUGACUCGCGGACCGGAGUUCAGCAUGCUGCUGGGGUCUGGACCUCUAAGUAACGUGAUCUGAUUCUUCGCAAAAAGUGUGUUCCUUUGUCCUCUGUCAGCGGAGACUUUCGCGGCCCUUUUGUGGCUGCAGAAAUCCCUUUUGUAUACUGGUGUAGGAACUUGUGGCGGGCCGCGCGGCCCCUGACCAGGCCUCACCAUGUUGGUGCUGUUUGAGACAUCCGUUGGCUACGCCAUCUUUAAGGUUCUAAAUGAGAAGAAACUUCAAGAGGUUGAUAGUUUGUGGAAAGAAUUUGAAACUCCAGAGAAAGCAAAUAAAAUAGUAAAGUUAAAACAUUUUGAGAAAUUUCAGGAUACAGCAGAAGCAUUAGCAGCAUUCACAGCUCUGAUGGAGGGCAAAAUCAAUAAGCAGCUGAAGAAGGUUCUAAAGAAAAUAGUAAAAGAAGCCCAUGAACCUCUAGCUGUAGCUGAUGCUAAACUAGGAGGAGUCAUAAAGGAAAAGCUGAAUCUCAGUUGUAUCCAUAGCCCUAUUGUUAAUGAGCUUAUGAGGGGAAUCAGAUCACAGAUGGAUGGAUUGAUCCCUGGAGUAGAGCCACGUGAAAUGGCAGCCAUGUGUCUUGGAUUGGCCCACAGCCUGUCUCGGUACAGAUUGAAAUUUAGCGCUGAUAAAGUGGAUACAAUGAUUGUUCAAGCAAUUUCCUUGCUAGAUGACUUAGAUAAAGAAUUAAACAACUACAUUAUGCGUUGUAGAGAGUGGUAUGGCUGGCAUUUCCCAGAAUUAGGGAAAAUUAUUUCAGAUAAUUUGACAUAUUGCAAGUGUUUACAGAAAGUUGGUGAUAGGAAGAACUAUGCCUCUGCCACACUUUCUGAAUUGUUGCCAGAGGAAGUUGAAGCCGAAGUAAAAGCAGCUGCAGAGAUAUCUAUGGGAACAGAGGUUUCUGAAGAAGAUAUUUGUAAUAUUCUACAUCUUUGCACCCAAGUGAUUGAAAUCUCUGAAUAUAGAACCCAGCUGUAUGAGUAUCUCCAAAACAGAAUGAUGGCCAUUGCACCCAAUGUGACAGUCAUGGUUGGCGAGUUAGUUGGAGCACGGCUGAUUGCUCAUGCAGGUUCUCUUUUGAAUUUGGCCAAGCAUGCAGCUUCUACUGUUCAGAUUCUUGGAGCAGAAAAGGCACUUUUCAGAGCCCUCAAAUCUAGGCGGGAUACCCCUAAAUACGGUCUCAUUUAUCAUGCUUCCCUUGUAGGCCAGACAAGUCCCAAACACAAAGGAAAGAUUUCUCGAAUGCUGGCAGCCAAAACUGUUUUGGCUAUUCGUUAUGAUGCUUUUGGGGAGGAUUCCAGUUCUGCAAUGGGAGUUGAGAACAGAGCCAAAUUAGAGGCCAGAUUGAGAAGCUUGGAAGAUAGAGGGAUAAGGAAAAUAAGUGGAACAGGAAAGGCAUUAGCAAAAACAGAAAAAUAUGAACAUAAAAGUGAAGUGAAGACUUAUGAUCCCUCUGGUGACUCAACCCUUCCAACCUGUUCUAAAAAACGCAAACUGGAACAGACAAAUAAAGAGGAUGAAGUAAUUGAAAAGAAAGCAAAAAAAUCCAAGAUUAAAAUUAAAGUUAAGGAAGAAGAGGAGGAAGAAGAAGAAAAAGUGAUAGUGGUAGAAGAGGAGACAUCUGUGAAGAAGAAAAAGAAAAAGGAUAAAAAGAAACACAUUAAGGAAGAGCCAGUUUCUGAGGAAGAGCCAUGCACCAGCACUGCAGUUCCUAGCCCAGAGAAGAAGAAGAAGAAGAAGAAAAAGAAAGACACAGAGGACUAAAGGGAGGGAACCGCAGUCUGUCGGCUGGACAUGGGCUUAGUCAAGUGGGGUGAACACCAGAGCUUCUGGUGUGGGCAGAUGGGGCAGCGAUCAGUCAUCUGUAGCUUUCCAUGACAUCAGCUCUGGUAACCUUGUUAUGUCUUCAUUGUUAUGUCUUCAUUUCUUAG